AUGUCUGGCUCCUACCCUAACUUUUCAUUUUAUUACGAUAAUCAGGAUCGCUCCGAUGUGAUCAUCUGCUUCUCUGGCAAGAAAGUAUAUGCUCACAAGCUUAUUCUGGCUGGAGCUUCAGAGUUUUUCCACAUAGCGUUCAAGAGUAACUUUCCGGUACAUCGAAGCAGGCCUCAUGCGUUCAAACACCGUACUGACAAGGCGCAUCAGAUUGCGAGCCAAGCCGAAGUUGAGAUUGAAGACUUUCCUCCCGAAGUUGUGUACGCAAUGAUAAGACACAUAUAUGGCUACCCUUUCAAUCAGGCUUUCAUGGCCAGCCGACCAAACUUGAGUCAGCUUCCUGAUUUUUGGGUCGCUGUCCUGCUCAUCGCCAACGAAUAUCGAGUGCAGUCGCUCACCGCAGCUGCUACCGACACCAUCCUUACCUUCCUCGGAAAGAAUAUUUGUCCAACUACAGAGUUGUUUCAGAACUUCCCUCAGGACUACAAGGAUAAUUUCGCCAGGACAGUCUACAAGGUAUCGGAUCUGUAUCACAAUAACAAAUUGGCAGAUAACUCGUGCUUGGAUGGUAUGAUAUGGAUACUGUGUCAGCAUGGGGUCUGGAUAUACGAGGAGCACAUGAAUAUCGGCAAGGCGCUGGAAGGUCUGGAGCCGGUUUGUGCGCGGGUACUUCAUCUCAUGAACGAGCAGAGGAAAUUUUUGAAGUGCUGCUGUAAUCGAUUGAUUACUGAUGAACCUCACCAGCAUACAGUGGGGUGA